AUGUCGGCGAGGCAGCUCAUGGAACAGCUGUCCGUUCGUUCGGCAGUCUCGGAGGACACGUGGCUGCCGGAAGCUGUGGAACGAGACCCAAGCGGCCGCUUCUGGAGGUAUGAUGAAGUCCUUGGUAGGGGGGCCUUCAAGGUCGUGUACAAGGCGUUUGACGAGCAAGAAGGCAUGGAGGUUGCCUGGAACAAGGUCAACCUGGUGGAUACUGCAAGCAGGCACACGCAAAGGCGCCGCCUAUUUGCAGAGAUCGAGACUCUGAAACGCCUCAAACACAAAAAUAUAAUGACGUUCAUCGACUCGUGGCUCGAUGAGAAGACUGACACAAUAAAUUUCAUCACAGAGCUUUUUACGGAUGGUUCACUGAGCAAGUUCCGCCAGAAGCACAAGCACUUGGAGCUUCAUGUCCUGAAGAAGUGGGCCAUGCAGAUUUUGCAAGGCCUUGUUUACUUGCAUGGCCAUGAUCCACCGAUAAUGCAUCGGGAUCUCAAGUGUGACAACAUUUUCGUCAAUGGUGUGUCCGGUACUUUGAAAAUCGGCGAUCUUGGCCUGGCAACGCUGUGGAAAGGCAUGACUGCACCCCUCAGCGUUCUUGGCACGCCCGAAUUCAUGGCACCAGAAUUCUACGACGAGAAAUACGACGAAAAGGUCGAUGUAUAUGCUUUUGGGAUGUUGCUGCUGGAACUUGUGACCAUGCAAUAUCCCUAUAGCGAAUGUACAAAUGCUGCACAGAUCUACAGGAAGGUCUCUCGGGGUGUCUACCCUGCUGCACUCCAGAAUUUAGAAAAUGAGGAGCUGCGGGAGUUCAUAGAGGAUUGCAUUUCAUAUGACCCACACCAUCGACCUGCAGCCCGUCAGUUACUGAAGCAUGACUUUUUCAAAGGCUUCAGGCAGUGUCCUGACAAACGUCAGGGAGAGGAUGUGGUGACCUCACCAUCGCAAACUAGCGAAUCUGAAGGCGAGGUGGAUGGCCAGGAGGGACUUGCCCGCCCACCCCUGCGACCUUUUCCAGCAGCAUCGCCCUUUUCUCGUUGCUACGCUCAGAAUUUUAGUGUCCAGAAGUGUGGCUCUGAAGACGAAGAGCACGAAGUACUGUUACAGCUCAACUUUGAUGACAAGCAAGGCAAAAGAAAGGCUAUCCAGUUCCCUUUCAACCUGGAGGAUGACACACCUGCCAAGAUUGUUCAGGAAAUGCUUGAAGAGCACAGUCAUCUGAGUCUGAGCAUUGGUGCAGAGGAAGCUGACUAUAUCAGCACCUUGAUCGCCCAAGAACUCCCUGACAGUUUCAAGUCGAUUUCAAGAUCUUUGUCAUGUCCAACUCUAUCUGGAGAGGCUAAAGCUGAAGCAGAAGAGCUGCAGGGGGAUGUUGGUGUUUCUGAGGGUGGUGAAGCUGCAGCUGAUGCUUCGCAGAGCUGGGGACUGGCAGCAAUUCCUGAAGAGGGGGUGCCAGGUCUGGUGGAGAGAAGUUCUCUUGAAAGAAAGUCGAUCAGUCAGGAGCUGUCAACAAGGUUUCAGAUUUCUCCUUGA